AUGCGACUUAUUGAACCUCUAAAGACCUCAAAACGAAAUUUGACAACCGAUAAUUAUUAUGGUAGUUAUCCCUUGGCACAAGAGUUACUCAAAAAGGGUAUAACCCUCAUCACCACUUUGAAAAAAAAUAAAACCGAUAUUCCACCAGGAUUUCUUCCAAAUCCAAAACGUAAAGUAAAAUCAUCACUAUUUGGAUAUCAAGAUGAGUGUACUUUGGUGUCUUACGUUCCUAAAAAAAACAAAGCUGUCAUUUUAUUAUCUACUAUGCAUGAUGGUCCUGGUGACAUAAACGAAGAAACCGGAAAGCCUGAAAUCAUCCAUGAUUACAAUAAAACAAAAAGUGGAGUAGACACAGUUGACCAAAAGUGCUCGGUAGCUUCAACAGCUCGGAAUACUAGAAGAUGGCCGCUUGCAUUGUUUUUCCGUUUCUUGGAUAUGGCUGGGGUAAAUUCUCAUAUUUUAUACGUUGCCAAUAAUAUAUCAAUGUACGAUUAUCGCAAAUUUCGAAGGUUGCCGUUUCUUCAAAGGCUCGCCACGAAUCUCUUAGAAGAACAUUUGAAAGAAAGGGCCAAAGUGAAGGGUCUUCCUAAAGAUGUACAGUACUUUCUCGCUAAAUACAAAAAUGAAGAUGUUUGCUCUGUUACUCAAGGAGAGAAUCUACCGAGAUCUGGAGCUUGUCAUGCAUGUGGAACAAGGAAAAACAACAAAACUACGGUUAGAUGUUCCCUUUGUACUCGUUUUGUUUGUAAAAAACAUUGCACGAAUAUAAUCAAGUGCCACUCAUGUCAAAAUUCUGAAAGUUCAGAAUCAAGUAUGGAAAAUUAAAAUUUAA